UGCGGUCUUAAUCAAUGCUGUCCACAACACUCAUUCUUAUUUCAAGGGCUUCCUCCAAUGACAGUACUAUUUAGAAUGCUUUUUGAACGCGAGGGAAUGUUUGUUCCCGAGAAAGUGGAUAUUACAAGCUGUAAUACUACAUUGUAAAGGACUUCAGCAAAUACAACUGCAUGGACCGAAACCUGUCAACGUUGCACCGGGUAUGCUUGCGAGCACAACGUCCUGACAGCCAGAGUGAAUGAUACUCUGCAUCUUUGUACAUACUUGUUAUGGGCUACGUCGGUGUCAGUGCGUGAAUACUAUUUGUAUAAAUCUUUAAUUUCCAACCACUUUUUGCACGCAAAGACAAGCAGCCAUGCUCAAGCUAAUUGUGAAAAUCAAACCGUGGUUUAACAUACUGCUUUGUGUUGUAGUGCUGGCUCUACUACACUACAUUUUGAGCACUGUUAGAGAUCUGGGACAUUGUCAAAAUACCCGGGACGCUAUGAGGAUGUUUAAAGGUGAGAUACAUGUCAAAACCCACCGCAGUGAUUCAAUAAGUAGUAUCGGUAGAAUGUUCUCUUAUUUAGAAAAAUCGGAAAGUGACAGCGGAGUAAGCGAUGAAUACGAGACAGAAAGUGUAGAAAAUGAUGUUAGAGAAGCUGAAGAAAAGAACUUAGAACAAGAUCCGAGGGUCGAAAUUUCUGGUGGCGAUGUUAUGGGGACGGUUUCAGUUUCAUCCCACGAGAAACCCGUUGUAAUUAUCAUUCUCGCCCAGUGGAGAUUCGGCUCAAGCGUCAUCGGCGAGCUCUUCAACCAGAACUCUGGUAUAUUCUUUCUGUACGAACCGCUAUGGGUUGUGGAACAAAUGGUGACGCUGUGGCGUUUACCGGGACCUUUCACUCCGGAAACAUAUUUCUACCGGACGAAGCUCAUGGUAGACUUUGCAAAUUGCAAUUUUAGCGAUGAAUUCAUUGGAUUGGUGAACUUCACGAAUAAUUGGGGAGGAAAGUUUCGCAAUCGUGUCGUCUGCGAGAGAACGGAUGCCGAGUGCAACAUUCCUGAUGCAGAAUGGUUACGAAAUGUUUGUUUGAAGUAUGAAGGUCAUCUCGCAGCCAAGCUGAUCCGUGGUGAUUUGAACACCAUUAAACCACUCGUUGUCGACGGUCACUUCAAUGUGAAGGUGAUCCAUUUAGUUCGAGAUCCCCGAGGCUCUGCAGCAUCUCGCAUUAACUACCUGUAUAAGAUAGCCAACAAGGAGCAGGCCCAUCCCAAGUACUCGGAUCGCUUAGAGCGGCUCCAACUCCUCGACUUUGAGAUCAGGCAUAGUGAUUCUAUCACAGGCAUGUGUCAAUGGGUGCGAGAGACGACACAUCCUUUUGGACAGACACCAGAGUGGCUCAAGGACCGCUACUACCUGCUGAAGUACGAGGACUUCGCCAAUGACCCCACUAUGAUCACUGAAGAACUAUACAAGUUCGUAGGACUAGAACUCCCAACGAACGUGAGGCAUUGGGUCUAUAGGAACACGCAGGCGAAAAAGGUACUGAUGGAACAUUCGAUGUGAAGAAGAACUCAAGUCUUACAGCCAAUCAUUGGAUCCAAGAUCUUAGUCGUAUUGAGAUCCAGCAGGUCGAAGAUAAAUGCUCAGAUGUAAUGCAAGUCUUAGGUUAUGAACCUUAUAGUAAUCUACAUCAAUGAUAAUUGAUUUUUAAUAAGGUCCUCAUAUUUCAUGAACUUUGUUCGUUGAUACAAAUAAUACAAGUAAUUAAGAACUACUACUUAUGCUUGUCUAAUCAAUAUGUGUGUAGUUCUGCAGCUAAUAAAACUAGAAAAAUGUCCCAUACGACAUACAUGAAUAAAAUCGCCUCCGCAUACUAUGAUUGUACCAUUGCUGCUGAUUCUUCUCCUCCUGUAUUGCUGGUAAAUUAGUUUACAAGAAACUGAUCAAUAAUAAAUGUCAUGAACAUACUCCAUUAUUUUACCUAUGUUUAUUAUUAUCCGAAAUUCCACAUGUAAAUAUGCGUCAAUGCAUUUUGUUGCUGCACUCAUUCACAUCAUGUUGAAACAUCUCAAUAUAGAUUUUGGUAGAAAAGGUACACUUGGAAACAAAUACGCUUGUCGCUUGUGAUAUUUGUGUAACUCAUCCAAGGCAUAUCGCGAUAUAAACGAAAAUAAUUGUAUAUCCUGAAUUCAAAGUGUCAAUGUGCAGAACUUUGAAGAAAGAAAAAAAAAAGAGAUUUUAUUUUUAAAUUUACAAUAUUUACAUCAAUAUAUACUACUCAAUUACUUUAUCACAUGGUAAAGUUGUAAAACACCGACAUCUAUACGUUAUACAAAAUAAUCGUUGCAUCUCAGAAAGUUGAAAGUGUAUUGUUACGAACCAAUUCAAUCUGUACACGAAGCAACCGUCCUAUUUAAUUAUGCAUAUUAAAAGAAUAACAUCUAAUGAAUUUUGUAUUAUUUUCGUGCAAUGUAUUUUAGAAACUUUAUACACCAUACAUGAUGAAGAUGAUGAAGAUUAUCAUGGAUCAUAUUUAUUAAGACAAUACCAAUACACGAUCGAAAAUACUUAAGAAAUCAGGGGCAUUUUUAAUACAAUAAAUUGUCUAUAGAAAUGACGUAAUAUCUUGCGUCAUAUAUCAUUGCCAUAUUGGCCUAUUCAAUAGGUGACGCACAAGGCUAUUUACUUUUCAUGUUUUAUGAAGCCAUGUAUACGAUCAAAAUUAAUCCAAUUAUUAACUAAAAGAGAAGGCCGAGCUCUGGAUAUUUGUGAGCUUUCUCAUUAAUUUUAUGUCAUUUUUUAAGGAAUGUAGUAGAAAUGGUGCUCCCUGCAGACUUGUAAAGGAUAGUUUUUCAAAGCCCCGCAUAUAUAACGGGAAAUAGCUGAACAGAUUGGGGAAAAGUUUGAUGCCAUAAACAAAUGUGUGUAGUCCCAUUUACCAAUUUUCUCCGUGCAGUCUGUGUGAUUUUCAGCACGAUUGAGUCAAUUUGUUUUCAUGUUGUAUCAUUCCAUAAGCUCAAUAUUUACCAUAUUUAUUAUGUACUAAAUAACCAACUUUUCUGACACUAUUUACAUUGAAAAAUGUCAUAGCAUCUAUGUUUUAUAAUAAAAUAAAAUUAACAAGUUAUUAUGCCUUGUA